AUGAUGUAUAGUCUAGGACGUCCUCAUUCUGAUGUUGAGUCGAUAUUAUCAGAAACAUCAGAUGUUACAUCUAGAGCAACAACAUUACCUGAUACUUGGAGUGAUGUUAAGAGUGAUGCAACGUUAGAAUAUCAAUCAAGUAUAAAUGGCUUAGAUUCAUUGGAUAUCCCACCUUUAUCAGAAGAUGAUCAUUCUUCGAUUCCAUCAAGUACGGCUGCAAGUGUCAGUACUGUUGUUGAUCAGAAAAUGGACAAAGAUCGAACAAAUAAUAAUAAUGAAUCUAAUGAAACUAAUAUUCAAAAUCAACAGCAAACAUGGUCUAAUCCGUAUUGGAACUCAAAUGGGAAUUCACAAGCAUCAGUAACUCAGUUACCAACGAACAAAAUCAAAGUCAAUGCUAAUAUUGAAGAUUCGUCAUCACCAAUACACAUUCAACAGCUCAUUCCUGGCUCAAUAUUAAUUAAUGAUGAAGGUGAAAUUGAUGAUUUAUCAUGGAAACAAAAUGCACAUCUGAAAUCCAGUACAUCCGAUAAUUCAUUUAAUCCUGGUGGUAAAUAUGUAGCAGAUGAUAGUGGUGGUCCUGGCGGUUAUCUUGCACCGACACAUAUGCAACGUCGUAUUGUAACAUCGUCACCUGGAUUGUCUGCGCAUCCUGAAAGUCAGUUUGGCUAUAAACGUUCGAGUUCAUCAUCAGAUGCUAGUAUUCAAAGUCGACCUACGCUAAGUCGGCAACAAACUUUUCCAGACAGUACAAACAAUGAUAUCCAACCGUGGAUUAAUCCAUAUUGGCCAAAAACAAAUCAAACUAAUUCUGAAGCUAUACAAAAUGACCAUAGUAGUGCAAAAGAAAAUUCAUUGAUCAAUCCAAAUUUUAGUGCAAAAACUUAUGAAGCAUCAACAUCAUUCACUGAAAGUAAUAAAUCUAACAUUUCAAUGACACCAGUAAAAGGAAAUCAACAAUGGAAUAAUCCAUAUUGGAAAAAUAAAAAUGCAUCUGAUCUGGGCGCCAAUGUUAGUUCAAUGGACACAUUGUCGUCUGUCGAACAUGACAGCGCAUCGAUUCCAUCAUUUUAUGAACGUGUCUAUCCUCCUAGUACACCAUUGCCUGCUCAAAUGUCAACAAUCAAUAAUGAACCUGAAACGAACGUUCCAAAUGAAAAAACAAAUCAAAAUAUAAAUGACGACGAAGAUACAUCAUAUACAAUUGACAAUAAAGGCAUAGCACACUAUCUUCCAGAGUUAUCUUCACCUAUGAUUCCAAACAAAGCAGUUGACUUUACUUCUUUAUCGACAAGUUCGCAAUAUCCAAGUAUCCCUCCUGGCGCACGCAGUAGUCUAUCACCCAUAGCAACAACUAAUAAUAUACCACUUACACAAAUCGAUAGCUAUUUAUCUCUUUCUAAUCCAAAUAAUAUAAAGUCGCCACAGUUGACAAGCUCAAAUAGCGAGCAAUUCUCUUUGUUAAAUGCUUUUUCAUCAUCAGCUUCUGUUGCGACAGCUGUUCUUACUGAAGAAGAUCUGAACAAUAUUCAUCAUGCUCUUCAUUUACUGGAAACUAAUCCAAACGCAGUAUCCAUCAUGGUCUCUCCUGCACAAGUAUCGCUACAAAAUACUAACAAUCCUAAUAAACCAUUUUCAUCGUUAGAUUCUUUGUUUAAUUUAAACAAAGAACAUCAAUCUCAACAGCAGCAGUCACCACAAGCACCACCAUCGUUCCUAGGAAAUAUACAACCUAGCGCACCAUCGUAUCCAUACAAUUCUAGUUCACAGCACGUACAGCCACCAUCACUAUCAUUUCCAGGAAAUUUACAACCUAGUACUCCAUCGUAUCCACAGAAUUCUAAUACACAACAAAUACAGUCAGCACAGUCAGUUUCGUCAUCAUUGCCAGAAAAUAUUCAAAGCAAUACUCCAUUGUACUCAUACAAUACCACCUCUCAGCAAUCACCAUUGUUCUCUACGUUCAGUUAUCCCUCAAAUUCAAAAGACACUUUAACUGAUUCGACUGCAAAAGGAGUCAUUCUUAUUUAA